AUGGAUUAUAAUGCUGAUAUACCAUUUGAAAAGAAACCAGCUCCGGGAUUUUAUGAUAUUUCCGAUGAAAAGAACCGGCAAUUAGAACAAGGUUUUUCUAGUGGCCUUCAUAAAUUGGACGCUAAAGCUUCACAAUUGAAUAAGCUUAAGCAGGCUGAACAAAUAAAUAAAAGAAGAAAACUUGUUCUUCCAUCCCCACAAGUGGGAGAAAACGAGCUUGAAGAAAUUGUAAAAAUUGGGUUUGCUGGAGAAAAUGUUAGAGCUGUUGUUGGAGAAACCGAAAAUGUUUCUUCACUUGGCGAUUAUACACCGUCUACAUCUGGCUUGCCAUUGAGAACACCAAGGACGCUUGGUGGUUCUAUGCAAACACCAAGGACUCCUGCUACAAUAUUGUCUCUUAGGACCCCAAGAACGCCUGCGUCAGCUAGUGCAGCAACGAUAAAGCAACUUAGAGCUGGGCUGUCCAAUUUGCCAGCACCGAAAAACGAUUUUGAAAUUGUUUUACCUAAUAUAGAAGUCCAAGAAGAUCAAAAAGAUGAUAUGAAAGGGAUAGAUGAGGAUGCUAGUGAUAGGGAUAAAAAAAUUAAAGCUCAACUUGAGGAAGAAGAGCGAUUACGACUUUUACGCAGAUCUCAAGCUAUCCAACGCGAUCUUCCUCGCCCUACUCAAAUCAAUCCGAAAUUAAUUCUUGAAGUUGCUUCAUAUGAAAGUCCUUCCAGUGAUCUUCUGGAGAUUGAAAAGUUAAUAAACACGGAAAUGGUACAAUUAUUGAAUCAUGAUGCAAUUAUGUAUCCAAUUCAUGGAAGUAAGAUUGUUGGUGGAAAUGUAGACGAAUCAUUUGAGGAAUUUCCUGAUGAUUUAAUAGAUAAAGCAAGGAAAGCCAUUGAUGAAGAACUUGCCAUUUCUACCAACGAUAAUCUUAUCAUUUCUGAAGUAGAUAAUUUUUACGAUAUUUGGCAACGAUUACAUGAAAAUCCUGAAAAUAGCUAUUUUCCAAAGGAUUUAGAAGCUCGUUCUCGAACUUUAUCAAAAAACAUUUCGGAAAUGUUUGAAGAAAUUGAACAGGCAAAAAUUGAAUUAAAUUCUUUUCGAUCAUUAAACAUUUCCGAGAAGGAUGUAAUUCCUAAAAGAAUGGAGACUAUCCAAGAUGAAGUUAAUUAUCUUAUCAAGCGCGAAUCGGAACUUCAACAGAGAUAUGCUCAACUCUCAACUGAAAAACACGAAUUACAAGAGCGAAUUAAUAGUUUACAAAAAGAAAAAGAAAACAAAGAUAAUCAAGAGCUAAUAAAUGAAUAA